AUGAUUUCUGGCCUCGGGGACACAGACGUUUCUGUUGAAGGAUGCACGGUCAAUGUUUGUAUGCGCUCUUGCAUCACCGACUACUCGGUCAACUUUCAAGCUGUUGUGGCAUCGACAAUCACCAACAGCCAGCCGAACUUUGCUAUUGACAUCGACGGUUGGGCAAUUCCAUCCAACAUUCAGCUAGCUGAUCCUGCCUUCAAUCGUCCGCAGCGCGUGGACCUGCUGAUUGGUGCAAGCCUAUUCUACGGUUUGUUAUGUUACGACGCACACAGCAUUGAUGGCAGCGCAAAGGGUUCUGAAAGUAGUAACGAUCAAGCAGAUGCCAGCCUAAAUGAGCUUGUUCGCCGUUUUUGGGAAGUCGAGAGCUGCGAGUAUGUGGCCACAAGGCUUAGUAGGGAGCAGAAGGAUUGCGAAGAGCAUUGUCGCAAAAAUGUUAUUCGGCUACCAUCCGGUGAAUACUCCGUAACAUUGCCAAUGAAGUCUAGUGUUCUAGUGUUUCUCAAUCUGAAGCGCAAAUUGCAGCGGCAUCCUGAUCUUAGGAUGCAAUACUCAUCAUGUAUUGAAGAAUACUUGAAGUUGAAUCAUAUGUCGCGUGUUCCUGCUGAGCCCAUUGAGCGUUGCAAGUAUUUUCUGCCACACCACUGCGUGCUAAAGGCCGAUAGCACGACAACAAAGCUUCGUGUUGUGUUCGAUGGUUCGGCAGCGACAUCCACUGGAUAUUCGUUAAAUGAGGUUAUGAUGGCUGGUCCUGUUAUACAGGACAAAUUGAUGCAUAUACUUCUUCGCUUCCGUACAUAUCUGGUGGCACUAACAGGGGAUAUAUGCAAGAUGUAUCGAUGUGUGCGCAUGGCUUCAGCAGAUAGCUAUUAUCAAUGCAUCUUAUGGCGCGAUUCGCCUGAUAAAGAGCUGCAGAUUUUCAAGCUGGACACCGUUACUUAUGGCACGAAGGCAGCGUCAUUUUUGUCGGUUCGUGCAAUGCAUCAGCUGGCGCAUGAUGAAGCAGGCUCGUUUCCGGUUGGAUCUGUUGCUUUGAAGAAUGAGUUCUACGUGGACGAUUUUAUAUCUGAAGGCGAUUCAGUUGCUGAGGUUAAGGUCAAGCUGCAGGAAACCGCUGCAAUUCUAGCUCGUGCAAACUUCAAACUCAGGAAAUGGUGUUCCAGUCAUGCCGAAGUAUUGUCGGAGAUAGCUGACGACGAGAAAGAGUCGUACAUGAGGUUCAGCGAUGGUAGUGAAAUCACAAAAACUCUUGGCUUAGCGUGGGAUCCCUCAUCGGAUCGGCUGCUGUUCUCGCUGUCGUUCUUAGAAGCUGGUUCCAAGCCGUGCAGGCGGUCUGUCUUAGCCACAAUUGCACGAUUUUAUGAUCCGCUAGGACUUCUUGGACCCGUCAUGACAAAGUCCAAAAUAUUUCUACAGCAGCUCUGCAAGGAUAAGUUGACAUGGGAUGAGAGUUUGCCUUUGCAGCGAUACACAGCCUGGGUAGAAAUGUGCAGCAGCUUUAAUUCCAUUUCUAGUCUUUCAUUCCCGAGAGCUAUUCUUGCUGCUGGGUGCCGUGUCGAAGUUCAUGGAUUUUGUGAUGCCAGCGAAGAGGCCUACGGCGCUUGA